AUGGAUCGGACUAGUACAAUGCUGCUUGUUUAUCCUUGCACAUCCCAUGAUGACAAUUUUGAGUUUGUUUCAAGUUGUGCAGGCUUGUGUAUGGAGAAGAGUACUGCUAGUAAUUCGACAAUUUUUCUUAUCAGAAACCCUGCGACUCACCAAGUGCUUUACUUGCCCGAUCCACCUCCAUAUACUGCAUCAGUAGACUUCGCCUUUAACUUAUCUACUGGUGAGUGUAAAGUUAUAUGUUUUUAUUGCGAAAAGCCUUUUAUAAAUGUCGAUGCUGCAUUUGGAUUUAAAGUUAUAACCAUUGGAAAAGAUGAGCAAUGGAGAUCCUUAGAGCUCCCCGACGGAAAUAAGCUUCGUAAAAAGGCGGUGUUUAGAGGAUAUUAUACCAGAGUAAAUGAGGUUGAAGGAAAUUGUCAUCUGGUCCAAAUUAUUAGGUUUACUGAUGAAGAAGAAGACAUGUACCGAGAAGUUCAAACUCUAGAUAUAUGGAGUGAGCAUUUUACAACGAAUACUCUGCCAGAGGGAGUUUCCCUAAACUGGAAAGAAGUUCAUGUUGUUCGCUGGAAUAACUGCUUAUCAGUCGGUUAUACGAAAGAGGAAUCCCUUGACCUCUGGGUGUUACAAGAUUAUAAGGAGCAAAAAUGGAGUCCAAACAAGAUCAUCAUUCCCGUGAAAGGGCCAUAA